AUGAGCUACAACCAGCAAAACCACCACCCGUCAGACUCGAUUGACGACGCUGCAUACCCCGCCGAUUCCAACUAUUCCCCGGCCGGCCACCCCUCCAGCUCCAUUAGCAAUGCCGCAUACCCGUCAGACUCGUCCUACCGACCCUCCGACCCGACGAUGCCUACCGACGACAAGCUCGCCAUGCCCAACGCCCGCUAUUCCCAGUCGUACAACACCAGCCUCGGCGCAAACAACGGCGGCAGCAGCAACGCCCAAUCGCCGCAGGGCUGGGCUCGGUCACCGACUCACGAUCCGUUGCUUGGCGCCUACUCGCCCGCUCGUGGUCCGAUAACCCCUUGGAGUCCAGACGGCAUGUCCGCCGCGAACCCUAACCUGCCUCCGCCGCCGCCGUAUGACGCCUCAAGGCCGGGAACGGGCACGAAUCCCCCGACGCCACGAGACCCCGUGUCGCCGAACCCCUCAGAGACCGCGCUCCUCGGCGCGCAGCAACCUCACCAGCAGCAGAACGGGGCGCAUCCUCCCCGGCCUCAGAGCAACUAUACCGGAACGUCGCAGCAGUCACCGGCGCCGGCGGCUGCGCACCUCGCCGAUGCGACGCCGGGACAAGGGGAACGGGGCGGGCCGCGUACAUAUCUGCAAUCCAUGACGGGUGGCAUGCCGGCCUACGGUAACAACCCUGGGCAGCUUGGUCCCGUGGCGCAGGCGAGGCGGCGGAGAAAGAUGAAGCUUGGCAUCCUCGCCGGUAUUCUUUGCGUCGUCCUGCUGUUCCUCGUUGCGUUGGUGGUGGGUAUCUUGGUUGGCGUGGUCAAGGUGAACCAGAAGGACGACAAGCGGCCGCCACAACAGAGUCCGCCGAACUUCUAG